GCUGCUGACCCGAUCAUAACAYCUCCGGUGGCGGCACCAUCGAUGCUGGAGAAGGCGACAACGGGGCAAAUUUCUAUGCAAACUGACAUCAUUGACGGGCCAUCAACAUCCACAGAUGGAGCGAUUCAGACAGCUGGCUCCCGACGCGGACGUAGUUCCAGAGCGCAUGCCGGACCAUCUCUGGAAGGUUGGAGUGACGAGACGGCCUUAGGUAUGAGCCUAGCUCUAGCACCCAGCUCUAGGAAGUCAUACACUAGGGCGGUCCAAGAAUUUCUAGAUUUUAGACAUCAUUAUAACCUGCCCGGAACUAUGCCGGUCCCCUAUGAGCAACUCGCUCAGUUUUGCGUAUACCACAGGCGGAGAGGCUUAGCACCACAGUCCAUUCGGACCAAGUUGUCAGCGCUGGCAUAUUGGUUGAAGGCCCAAGGCCUUAGUGACCCCACUGAUGACUUUAGGAUACAUAAAUUCUUAACGGGAUGGUCCAGGCAGCGCGGGCAUCCCAGGGACGACCGGCAGCCAAUGACACCCGCAAUUUUGAAGGGUUUGAAACAAUUGUGGCCCAGAUUGUGUACUUCAUAUUACGAGCAGGUCCUAUAUCAUGCUGCAGGUUUGACUGCAUUUUUUGGAGCACUGCGGGUGAGUGAAUUGGUGGCACUAUCCAAGAGCGAUACCUCACACCGUGCGCUGUUGAUUUCCGACAUUAAGGUUUUCCAGGAUAGUAUGGAAAUCAGAGUUAGGACCUCCAAAACUGACCAGGAAGCUAAGGGUCAGGUGAUCCGCCUGCUUAAGUGCGGCGAAGAGGACCUUUGCCCGGUAGCGGCCAUGACUCAAUUCGCGGCGCUCAGGGGCACUGAGAAAGGUUACCUCUUUUCCCAUCAGGACGGAAAGCCGCUGACCAAGUACCAAUUUUGGACCAUCACAGCUAAGGCGCUGGACCUGUUGGGGUUGGGACACCUGAAAUUUGGGACCCACUCCUUUAGGAUUGGUGCUGCCACGGCAGCAUCCGCAUUGGGAUACGACAAGGAUGAGAUAAAAGCCAUAGGCAGAUGGAGGUCCGGCGCCUUCAGAGGUUACGUACGGUCAGUUCCAUCCUAGAUGUUGUUAUCGUUGCAGGUCUCUCCAGGCUGGCGCAUAGAAGUCGGGUCCUGGUGUGCGGACACAGUUAUGUCUUUUGGGCAGGGAGAGAGGCCCACAGGACUGCCUUUGGUCAGCAUUUGGGUCUCGCUUCCACGGCAGCGGUGGAAUGGAGAGGAAGGAGAGGCCUGCGUUGGGACGGUUUGUGCCCCUUGUUGUUUAAUGCCGGGAGUGUUCUGCCUCCUGAUGUGUUGGUUAUCCACCUCGGUGGUAACGAUUUAGGCCUGUUAACAGGCAAGGCCCUCUUUUUACAAGCACGGGCAGAUAUCCGAAAAAUUUGGUGGACAUGGCCCGGGGUGCACGUCGUGUGGUCCGCUAUCAUACCUCGUCGCAGGUGGCUCGGAGGAGGCGACGUGGGAAGGCUCGAAAAAGCCAGGAAGCGAGUGAACCGGGCCAUGCGGGUCUUCAUGAUCCAUCAGAGGGGUCA